ACAGGGUGUGUCCACAUCAGAUCUAAAGAAUAGAUGCUGAAUGUAGCUUUAAAGUUUCAUGUGCUCAACCAAGAAGAUGGUUAGGUCUCUGCAGAGCAGAUGGUUAUUGUUUUAGAGUGUAAUGUUCUCUCUACCUCUCUGUCUCUCUUAUUCUCCAGUGAUGGCCUCUGCUGAGCAGCUGUGUCCCCGCCUGCUGCACCAGCACUGCCCAUAGGCCACACACACACACUUACACACGCCUUUGGGCUCCCUUUCCAAUUCCGUCCACACACACACACACAUCAUGUACAGUGUGGAGGACCUGCUGAUCUCUCAUGGAUACAAACUGCCCAGGGGCGGCCCUGCCUCCUCCUCUUCCUCUGCGCCUUAUGACAAUCGAAACAACGAAUGUCGCCGUGAUAAUGUAGAGAACCGGCCUGCUGGAGGUGGUGGUGGUGGAACUCUGAAUGGAUUUGGGACAAUUGAGGGGGGAGCAGAAGCAGGCACGGGGGUGUACAGGCCGGCCCCAGUGAAGGCCUACCCAGAGAACAAUAACAACAUUAAUGAGGGCCAUGAAAGAAUUCAACGGAGACUGGAGGUUCCUGUUGCUUUCCUUGGUGAACUGCAACCUCUGGGUGACUCUCUAGCUACAGACAGUGGGUUCUAUGAUGCUCCCAGCCUGACGUUCUCUGAACAUGCAGAUGAGCGAGAUAUUGCAUUCUGGAGAAGGAGGGGACAGGACUUCAGUGCUCUAUUGGACUAUGCUGAUCCCAGGGAACUCAGAGUGUCUGGAGGAUUGUGGCGAGGUCCAGUACUAGCUGUUGAGGAGCUGAGGGCUGAGAGGCCACUGGCACGCUGGGAGGAAGGCCCAUGGAUACGGGAACCUAUAGACUCAGGCCCAGAGACGUUACAUGUGACUGGAGAGAGAAAAUGCCAGAGCCUGGGAACAGAGGAGUGGCACCCUGCAGUGGGCUUGGGCCGGCAGCUGUCAGAUGGCGAGGCUGAACAUUGGUCUCAGGAGCAGCAACACCGACUGCGACCAGCAGAUUGCAGUGUUUCCACCACAGUGCGAGCCAAGUCCCAGUCGCUCCCACGAGUCCUUUCCCCAGAAGAUCCCCACUAUGGAGAACUGCCUCAAUCCAGUGCCCCAAAUCAUCCCCCUACACAAAGAAGCAGCAGCUCUGCUCCAUAUGGUCGAUACCACAGUGAAUGGCCAGCAGGGGAAAGGUGGAGUGGUCAGACACAAAGUCAUGCUCCUUCUGCAGUUGUACCAAAACCACGGUUCAGCCGCCCCGUCAAGCCACCAUCUUAUGAGACUCACCAGCAAAACAGGGGGAGCUGGGAAACGUUGUCCUCUGAACCCGUGUCCAAACCCAGAGACCGCUCAGUGUGCUUCUCUCAGAAUUUAGAACCACUCAGAGACCGGUCUGGUUGUUAUUCUCAGAGUGCAGAGCCUCUAAGAGAUCGAUCCAUUUGCUUUUCACAGAGUGCAGAACCUAUUCGAGAUCGCAUGCUGAGCCACUCUCAAAGUGCUGAACCACUAAGAGACAGAUUUAUCAGUCAUUCACAGAGUGCAGAACUACUGCGUGAUCGUUUUUUCAGCCACUCACAUAGUGCCGAUCUCUUACGGGACCGAUCCCUUUGUUACUCUCAGAGCUCAGAACUGCUUCGAGACCGGUCCAUUUGUUACUCCCAAAGUGCAGAGCUCCUGAGACCAGAAUCAUAUAGGACAGAUCUAUUUUACCAUGAACUUACUGGUAUGGAGCCCCCUGGUUACAUCCCACCCCCCUCCUACAGGAGAUUCCUGCCACCCAGGAGUGGACAGAACUACCGAGCAGAUUCUGCUCUUGUACGAUGGAAACGUGAGCCUGUGAGUGCAGAGAUGGGCCAGUGGUUUUCCAGGACUUCAGGAUUGUCAUGGUCUGAACGGCGUGAAGACAGGAGCAUGGCAGUGGUUCCAAGAAGACCUGUGCAUCCAGGGCCUGUCGGACCUAGCCGUCCAGGACUUGUGCAGUAUGUCCCAUUUGAAGACCCACGUAUCAGGCAUGUCUCAGGGGGGCCUUGUGGAAACUCUCUCACUGACGCGGAUAAGAUCCGACAUGUCAACAAAGAGCUUCCCUGCGCUGCAACUUUAGGACAAUCCACACAUGAUAGUGCCUUUCUCCCUUCACAGGGACCAAGUCUUAGCAUGGAAACUAACAAACCGGCUCUCACUGAACAGGAGAAUACUAACCGCUGGCACAAGGCGAUGAAUAAAGGCAGUGAAACUGUAGCACCUGACCAGAGCUGUGCCAAGUACCCACCAGCCUUUCAACUCAGACCCCUGCAACCAAUAAUUAAAACAGACAGAAGUACAGAUCAACAGACUAGAGUAGACAGAAUCACUGAACAAGUUAAGGUUGAGAGAGUAACAGAGCCUGUCAAAGUUGAGAGAGGUGCUGAACAGACAAAAACAGACCAAGAUAAAGUAACAGAGCAAGUGAAACUAGAUCGAGUUACCGACCUAAUAAAAUUAGACAAGCCUAUAGAACAAGUAAAGCCAGACAGGUUUACAGACAAACAAGUAAAGGUAGAAAGAUUAACUGACCAGAUACAAGUAGACAGGAUCCCAGAUCAAGUCAAGGCCGACAGGUAUACAGACAAACAAAUUAAUCCUGAAGUCAAGUCAGAGAAAUUCCCCGAAAAGCCCAUAAAAGCAGAUAGAAUUUCAGACAAGCAAAGUAAAGCUGAACGACUCAUAGAAAAGCACUUGAAGAUUGAUAGAAUUUUAGAAAAACAGCUUAAAGCAGAUAAAAUCUUAGAAAGACAAAGUAGAUCUGAAAAAUUUACAGACAAGUUGAUUAAGGGUGACAAGCAGAUAAAAGGAGAUAGCAGUACAGUCCAGAUAAAAUCUGAGAAGAUCACUGACAAGUCUGGAAAGGCUGACAAAUCCAUGGAUAAAGGUUCUUCAGAGAGUGUUUCAACUGUAAAGACAGAACCAGUCCAGGAACCUGAGAAAAAGAGUGUGAAAAAGAAACUCAGUGAGACUAUCUUUUGCCUUGUGUCUGUACCACUUUCUCAGUCCAGUGCAAAAUCUCGGGAUCAAAACAACAACGAAGAGAAAGAAUCAGACUCUCCUCCAAUUCCUCCUCCUCCUCCACCAAGUUCAUCUAGUGAAAACAGCAACACCCUCGGCUCUCUGCCAAACCAAAGCCUCAAAAGCACAUCCACCACCUCCACUGAUUUAGAGCUACAAGCACUCACACUUGGCAGCGGGUCCAGUAGCAUUGCCACAAGGAGAGCGCAUCGGAGAAGGAACUCACGCUCUAGGAUCUUUAAGCCAAAUCCACAUGAUGAGCUCCGACGGUAUUCUGGGGCUUGGCCAGGGGACCAGUACCGUGAUCAGGAGACCCAGACGAGCCCUGAGCCCACAAAGAGCAAUGCAAAUCAAGGCCCCACCAAUACAGAAGCACAAGAUGCUCCUGCUGCCCCAGAGGUAACCUCUCCUGGUGAGACUACAUCAGUGGCUCCAGAGGCUGCCCAAGGGGCCACUGGGGCUUCGUCAGCUCCACCGGCUCCAUCAGUUCCUUCAGUUCCGCCGACUCCAGCAGCUCCAAUGGCUUCAGGAGCUCCUGACCCCAGCACCCCUUACGGGUAUCCCAUGAAGGGCCAGAAAAGCCUAAAACUAUCCAGCAACAGUGCUUUUUCACGGACAGGUACCUUCACCAGGAGCACAGGUUCUCACAGACCUCCAUUACAUCCCCCGCCACACCCUCCACCCCCACCUCCGAACCAACCUCCAUCUCAACCUCCUCCUCCCCCACCAACACAGCCCCCAGCUCAGUCCCCACCAUCAGAUAAGACUGAGGAGGAAAAAUCAGCCACAGGGCCAAACCCUGAGGGAUUUGAACAGUUCUUGCUGAAGCCAGUAAGCCGACUGCCAUGGGACGCUAUUGAGGAUCUUGAGACCAUCAAUAAGGAGGCGCAAGACCAAGCAGGAAAACGCCCCAGCGUGGACCAGUGCAUUGAGGAUCUUAAUGAGGCCUACAAAGAUAUCCUGGAGCUCAGUACUGCCAGCAAUAACCUUCCCAACCGCUCCUCCAUGCAAAUCCCUGACCGCAUCAAAUCCAGGUUAUCUUCAGAUCCACUUGGAAUGCCUUCAACCGCUCUUCGACCAAGCUUGGUGCCUGGAAGUGACCCAGAAUACAGGGAGGUGAAGAGUGCCUUUUCCCGACCAUCAACUGGGAAGAGUGUGAGCUUCAGCAAACAGCUGAGAGAGGAGAUUUGUCCUGCUGCCCCCCCACCAGAACCAGGUUUCAGAGAUUACAAAACAGUCAUGUCCCAGAUAACCCAACGCAAAGCCUGCAGAUCAGUGAAGCUGGAUAUACCAGCCCCCAAAGAGACCCAAAGAGAUGAUGAUUUGACUGCACAAACCUCCUCCACCUCUUCCACUGCAGCCGAGGCACCAUGGGCAGACAGACAGCCCAUGCAAGAUGCCUCCACUCUAACCAGCCCACCUGACUAUGAGCACAUCUGUCAAACUCUCCAAAUGGCCCGUGAAUCUGGGGCAGUUAGCCGAGCUUCUAUCAAAUCCAAACCAGGAAGCGCCAUGAGCAUCGAGACGCCACAGCAUGUGCCCAUACCUGGUAGGCCUCCUGUAGAUUCUGAGCAGCCAUGUUGUUCUUCAGCAUUAGAAGGGAGACAGGAGCCAAUGUCAUUAUUCAGGGAGGAAAGGAGCUCAGGCUUUAGGAGGGUAACAAGCCACACUAACAGGUUCCUUAGUAACAGGGGUGUGCUCUGUAGCCUUGCAACCGGAAAUCCUGUUGGUGACAAAGCAGGUUUAGAGACUAACCCAGAGGUUCCUGCUGACUGGAAGAUGCAGCUUUCAUUAGCUGAAAAGCAUAUUGCUACUCUGAUCACAGGAGAGGGUUCAGAAGAGAACCUUGAUGAGUCAAACAAGGUUAAAGGUGAUAAAGACAUUCCUGGCAGUGUGUCAGUUGAAAAUGAAGUGAGCAACAUUUUAGCCACUGAAAUGAAAGAUGAUACUGCCAAUGCUGAGCAGAAACAUUCUGAAGUAAAAGAGACAGAAACAGAGCAAACUGAGACACCUGAAAUCCAACAACCUGAAGUGACAGAGAAAGUGAAAGAAGAGGAAACAUCUAGGGAAAAGACUGAAACAGAUCAAGAGAAAUGCGAGCAGAAAGACCCUGUUACUGAAGGAACAGAGCAAAAUAGUGAUACAACCUCUGAGGAAAAGAAAGAACCAAAUGUGAUCUUGAGGGCAAAUAAGGUUGCAAUAUGGACUCAUUCAGGUUUAGAUUCAGAGCUACGACCUGAAUUUCCACCAGAUCACCUUCCCCUUUCUGUACUUCCUUAUCCUAAUCGUAGAUUAUCUUUAGGGUUAGAUUGGGAGAAGGGUGGGUGGGAAGGGGAAAGUUUGGGUCAAGGUGGAUUUUGGUCCAGAGAGAGGCGGUCCCUUGAUGCUGAGAGAUGGGGUAUUGGUGGAGAGACUUGGGGUUUAGACAAUGAUAGACAGGAAGGAGGUGGUGAAAAACUGGGUCUGGGGGGUUGGCGUGGAUGUGGGAUUGAUGGCCAAGGCACAGAUGAUUCAGACUGGGAAGUAGAUGAAAAUACCCAAGAGUCAGGUUCAGACAGAAAUAUAAUAACACUUAAGCCUGAGCAGGGUCUUGGUGAAGACAAUAGCAGUCCAGUCUCUAGCACUGAUCAAGUAGAAAAAGAUAAAACACAAGCUGUUGCUAGCCAAGGCAUUGAUAAGGGUCGGAUUCAAGGUCCAGGUGAAUGUCAGGUUUCAAGUGUAGAUCGACGGACCCGUGGACUUUCCCAUAGAAUAGAUGCUCUUUUUACAGCCCCACCCGGGCAUGGCUCAGAGGAGAGACUUGCCCGCAUGAGGGAGGUGGACACUGUCUCACGAAUGAGACGCCUUAGCCUCCGUAGUUCAGACUCUUGGGAUGGACUGCACGGGGUGGGAAGGUGGGGAGAAUAUGGAUGGGAGGAAGAAUGUCCCCUUCCUGGCCCACAGGGUUCUUCAAACAUCACAAAGGUAGAGGAUAAAGAGGGCAGUGCCCACCCUGUAGUCAACAGUGAACCUAAAGAAACAAAAGACGACCAGGCAACCCUAAAAGAGUCACAGGAGCUCAGCCAGGUGGAGAGGUCGUAGCUGAACCCUAGAGGUCAGAGGUCAGAGGUCAUCCAACUAAGGGCCAGCCUCCAGCACUGUGACCUGGCUGUCUGCUAAAUGCCUUCAUUCUCAUAUGCUAUCGAAACAUCCUCAGACAUACACACACAUAUACACAAAUAUAUACAAAACAUUAGACAUAAACACAUUGAGCGAUGCAUUUCUCUAAAACACACAUCUGUGCAUAAACACACAGAAAACUCAUAUACAAACACUCAAAGUCAUUGUCAUGUAUGCAGACACUCACAUGCAUUCAGAACACAUUUAAACACCUCACCACUGAGACAUCUAAAAUGGCCUUCUACUCCGACAAGAGCAUUGUUUAUCAAUUCCACUCCAUGCCCAAUCAGUUCCAGCUCUGCUGGCUUUCAAAGUGUUGCUGUUCCACUGCCAGAAGGGGGUUUCCAACAAUGCCCCACCCCCUUCAUAUGUUACAGUUCUUAUCAUGCCCCAUUUUCUUUAUUUUCUUGCCCACAUCUUAGUUCUUUUCCCUGCAAUUUAAUUAAAGGUUGGUUUAUUAGACUUUAUCUGGUACAUUACUCAGAAAAAAAAGAAAUUAAAAUGUUAUUUUAUGACCAAGAAACUAAAAAAAAACAAUUUUACUGUCUUUUGUAAAAAAAAAAAAAAAAAAAAAAAAAAAAAAAAAGAAAAGAAAGAAAAAAAUGACUGUUUAAAAGUAAUACAGAACAAUCGAUGAAGUUUAAAACCAGCUACAAUCUAUUAUACUGUCCUACUCUGUGCAAACAACCUAUCAUCCUUGCAACUUUGUCUUUCUUCAACCCAUUACCUUCCUUACAUCUUUGCAUGUUCCUUACCUUAAUUAAGACCUCAGUCUUCUCACUAACCAUUCAUUACACUAACCUUGUGUGCAUCUCGUAAAUUUUUCCUUCAUCUAGACAGUGUUAUGUCUGCACACCAAUGUUUUCGUCACCCGUACAAUUUCAUCACACUGGUAUUAAGAAUGUUUUUCUUAAGGUCUUGUGCUACACUUCUUAAUUAGUAUGACCACAAUUGGUUUACCCUUCAACACUUUUUAUUAAGUUAAUAGUGUCUCCUAUAGUAAUGGGAAGUUCGGAUCAUUUUACUGAAUUUGUCAUUUGAAUUUCAUUCUUCAAAAUGACUGAAUCUUUUUUUAAAUAAUUUUGUUAAUUAUGUUAAUUUCAACAGAAUAUAUUUAAAUCUUACAUGUUAAUAGCCAAAUUCAGCAACACAUCUACUUAGAUUAAUUUAGACAUUGAUCAUAUUUCGAAUAAGAAAAACAAAUAAUGCUAUCAAGGCCAAAUUAUGACAAACAAAAAUGAUUAAUUCACUGCUUCAGGCUAUAGUCUGUUAGAUUACUUCACAUCCCAGUCGAGGCGUACAUUCUUUUGUCACAUCAUAUCUAUAAGCUGAAGCUAUGACUUGAAACAGAAGUGAUUAGUUCACCUCUCGAGUCCUCUGGUUCGAGUGGAUUUGUUCAUCUCGUGACAGCCCCAUAGGCUAUAAUGCGGUCUGUACUGGAAACAGAACUGAUUAGUUCAACUCUCAAGUUUUCGAGUCGUUUGUUCUUGACGUGACUGCUUCCCAGCUCAGUAUCUUAUGACAAACACAUUGCAUUAGUAUAUUAUAAACUGUAUGUUUUUAUUAUUUCAAGGUAUCUUAUUUGCUUCAUCGUUAUGAUUUUUCCCUUAAUUCUGGUAAAGUUUAAAGCAACACAUUAACCACACCACAUUCAGUGUUAUGACAUCAUGAAAGAAAUUAAAAAAUAUAUAAAUUUUUAGAAAUAAAAAGCUACAGUUUGAGACCAGAAAUUUAUCACGCAACGGUCUAAUUAAUUUCUGUAUCAAAUACGGCUGUCACAUCACAUAACAAAAGAACAAAUUACUCAGAGCCGAAGACUCCAGAGGUGAAUUAAUCAUUUCUGUAUCCGUCACAGACUGUAUUUUAACCUAUAGGGCUGUCACUGGAUGAACGAAUGACUCGAACCAGAUCCCGAGGACUUGAUGGGUUAACUAAUCAAUUCUGUUUAAUGUAAAUAACCUAUAGGAUGUUGCAAAUGUGGGUAAACCCGAAAUGAAAGAAUCCCUCGAUGAGAUGACUCGAAUCAUACGAAGAUUCGUUCAAACUUAACGAAUCAUUCAUGAACGACACAUCACUAGUUUCUCCCAACUCACUGAUAUCAUCCCAAACUAGUAUACACUUUUAAAAAUAAAGGUUCUUUAUUGAUAUCAGUGGUUCCAUGAGGAACCUUUACCAUCGAUGAUCUGUUAUGUACCUUUAUAGUAAAAAAAUAUAUAUUUUAAUUUUUUAAAUCUUUUAAAGGGGUCAUGAACUGAAUUAGUUUUUUAUUUUGUACUUUUUACUGAGGUCAAUCUAAAAUGUCAUCAAGGUUUUAUCAAAACAUUAUUUGGACUAAUAGGCUUUCUUCUGUCCUGUUUUAAAACCCCUCAUCAGAACGCUCCUUUGAAUAGGUAAGGCAGAUUGUAGACUCGGAAGUAAACACCCACUGCAGUGAUUGGCUAACAGAGGUGUAUGAUUGACAGCUUACGUCCUUCACAAAUGGACACUGCAGUGAUUUAGAUUAAAAAUGCAUAAAUAUUCAUAUCAAAGCAAUAGGGACAAUGUAAAUGAAAAAGUUAAUCACACAUGUGUUGUAACUUUACUGUCAGAUCAAAUAUAGUCGGCACAGCAUCGUCAUUUAGUUUCAAUCUUUCUGAAAAUCCCAUGUCAAAUUGCUUCGUUUAUAAUCAAAUCAAAAACAAAAACAAAAAACAGAACGAUGGGCGGAGCUAAACAGGCAGUGAUGUAGAAGCAGGUGUUGAUCUUCUUCUUUGGAGGUGGUGUUUAGCCACAUUAUUACAUCAUAGAGUUGUUUAUUACACAAACUGUUGUUUUGGCAGACUGGCUUCAAUAUAAGCUAUUUUUAGUCCUCAAACAUGCAGGAUAUUUUUAUAGUACAAUGACCUCUUAAAUGUCAACAGAUUAAGGGCAUUUUGGUUUCUUAGCUCAUGACCCUCUAAGAACUGGUUACAGAAAGAUUCUUUGGAGAACCAAAUUUUUUUAUUUUAUGACAUUGCUACGAAACCCCACUUUCUGAACCUUUAUUUUUAGGAGUGUAUAUUUGUGUCCUAGCAUUCUUGUUGAAACGCACUGCUUUAAUUUUUCACUUGAACCUAAAUACACCAUAAUACCAUGUCCUAACCAGGUGUUGUGUUUAGAGUGUAAUUUCAAGUUGAAAAGAAAAAGUAUAUUUUGCAUAAAGAAAAUGAAGCUGAUUUUUCUCAAGUUACCCAAUGUAGAUGAAAAUGUUAAAAAUAUUAUAUACUUAUAUAUGAUAUUAAUAAAGGGUAGUGUUUGUUGUACUGCCUUUUAAUUUAAAUUUAUAUGUUAAUUCACUUUAUAGACUUCAUUUUCUUUAUGAAAUAUAUAUAGAUAGAGAUGAUCCUUUUGUUUCUUGUCUAUCACAUCUUACUUGGUUGGAACAUGGUAUAAUAACUUUUUCCAUGUUCAAGCAGGACCAUGCAUGACCAUCAGAAUCACCCCCUAAAACCUCUCAAAUCCAUCAGUCCAUCAAGAAACCAGUCCACGGGGGCAGCCUCUACCCCAUCCUCCCCAGUGAGUCUCGGUCCCUCCAGCCUUUCCUCUGUUGACAUCAUGGAACUCUCUUGUCAUUUGUUGGAACAUGUGGUCCGCUUGUGGAGUGCUUUCAAGGGGUGCACUCACCUCUCUGUCCAACGUGGUUCUGUUUGAGCAGACAUGAAUGUUUUGUAAAUGCUUUUUAUAUUGUUUUUUUGACUUUACCAAAACCAGUAUAGCAGUUUUACAAGAACCGUUCUAUUUAUUCUUUUUUUUCUCCAUGUUUAUGUGUCACCUGAGCUGUUCUGCUCCAGAUCGGGAGUUCCACACGAUGUGGUAAAAGACACUCAAUGGCUCUGAACUGUUUUCAUUUUCAGAUGAAUCGAUCAAAGAAAACGUAUUGCUCUUGGUUCGAACCCAUAGUGCCCUAUUUAUCAGAACCUUUCAGCACACUGUAACGUACGUCCCUGAGUGUGGAGAGCUUUGUAUAGUUUCGGUUAGAACCAGUGGUGUAAUGCAGGUCAAACGGAGACCUGGGUUGGAUGCGCGUUUCAGUAUUUGAUGUAUCAACUUAAAAAGCACCUUGUUAACAUAUUUUUACCGUGAUUGGAUUCAAAGAGAAUUUUUAGCUAUCGAGUGGCCUUUUUGAAACACACCAGUAACGAUAAGCCUAAGGAGUUACUUUGAAACACCACCAAAAUGUUUGAUAUCUCAAGUGUCAAAAUGUGCAUCGUUUUGAAUGUUUGUCUGAUAUAUCAAAUACCUUAAAUGAUGUUGUGUGACCCAGGUUUCACACAGGUGCGACUUUGAAUUAGGGAACUAUUUUCAAGCGAUAUAGACUUUAGAAAAACAGGGUCCAAACGCGAACACAGAGACACGCGUUAGCUACUACUGUAAUGUUGCCUGUCCAUAACCUAAACCUAAAUGCCAGGUAACUUCUGGAAGCAAUAAAUGCUCAAGAGCGUUUCGAUGAACAAGCUAAAUGUGUACAGAUGAUUUUAAUGGUUAAAUGUAGGCUAGAUGGUUGCAAAGUAGAGGACAGCUCUAGAUAUGUAAUGAUUUGGAUUAGCUUAGCUGAAAGAUAGGCCUACUCUAUGGUAAUGUUUGAUAUGUAUGGAACAAUUUUAGGAAAAAUUCAACUUCUAAGAUAACCUUAUGCUAUGGAAUGGAGAGAUAUAAUUUCUGACAUCAUAAUGCAUGAAAGCUUGAGCAAUAUUGUCCAACACAGAAGCUCAUUGGCUGUAGGAAAUCUGGGAAGCGGGAUAUACUUGUGUUAAAGUGUCAUCUUUCCAAACGUCACUCACAGAAAAGCAUUUUAAAUAGCGUGGAAGCGUGUGAAUGAGCGUGUGCGCGCAUGCAUGUGUGUGUUCGCUUACUUUUUUCCCUGUCAUAGUGCCAUUCAUGUGAUAAAAAAGGCAUUUCACUGAAUACUUAUUUUUGUUAUCAUUGAAAUUGUUAACCAGUCUGCAUAAUGUAUAAAUAAAAGUAUAUUUUAAAUAUUUUAAACGAUAUUUUGUAUUUAACCAUAAUAAUCCAUUUCUUCGCUCUUGGAUCAAGCUGGCAGUUUUAUGUUGCUGUAUAGAAUGAUAAGAAAAUUCUAUAAUUUUCUAGUGCUUAAAGAAAAAAAAAUCAAGGAAAAAUGUAUGGGCAAAUUUAAGUUAGAGAUCUGCAGCAUGCUUUGCCAAGUUGAUGGGCUCUCAUUGUGAACAAUAGAUAUGAAUUACAGGAUUUAGCUUUUUGAGUUUGUAGUAAAUGCUGCAGUAAAGCGACAAAGGCCCACUGUUGAUAUCUGACGCUUUGUAUAGUUGUAAUGUUCAUUCAGUUUACAUAAACAUCAGAUAACAAAUUGAGUGGAUCCAUUCACAGCUGCCUAGAAACUUGUUACAGCAAAGUGCAUACAACAAGGAAAUUGCAACAUUAAAAGUGACUUUGUUUGAUCUUGAUUCCGUUCAAAGCUAAAUGUGGCCUUAUUUUAGGCUAUUUGAGCAUUUGUACGUCUUCCAUUCAGAAUCAUGUACUGUUAUCAUCACGAGCUCGUACCAACGGUUUUCUAUGAAAAAUGAAAAAGAAAUCAAUAAGUAAGAUCACACACAGCCAAAUAUUCUUUCUUUCUUUGCAAGUAUGAUAAGCUAACGUUUGGAUCGAAAGUGAGAUGUGUAGCACACUGACAGGAUCUGUUCCCUAUUUCACUGAAAAAGGCCAUAACUGUUAUAUGAUUUCAAGCUGUUUUCAUGAACUAUGUAGCAUUUUUGCCAUUGUAGCAUUCAGAGUAAGUUCAAUGUGAAAAAGCCACUGAAUCGUACUGUUUUUCUUUUGCGUUUGUAACGGGAGUCUUAAUGAUAACACUGUCCGUAUUUGAAAACACAAGCUGUUGCAUUUUCAUGCCAAGAGUGUCAUCGGUUACAUUUUUAAUGCUUAUUUUGUAUCAUUGGACAUCUCUGGAUCUCAUGGUUUGCAUUUGCAUACAUCAUUUUUUGGUUCCAUGUUUGUAAAUGUUUUAGGCAUUUGAAAUGUAAAUAUGUGACAUAAGGAUAAAAAAAAUCAAAU